AUGGGAAGGCCCUCAUCACGGGAAGACCCCUAUCACGGGGAAGACCCCCAUCACGGGGAAGGCCCUCCAUCACGGGAAGACCCCAUCACGCGGAAGACCCCUAUCACGGGGAAGACCCCCAUCACGUGGAAGACCCUAUCACGUGGAAGGCCCCCAUCACGGGAAGAACCCCCAUCACGUGGAAGACCCCCAUCACGUGGAAGACCCCUAUCACGGGGAAGACCCCUAUCACGUGGAAGACCCCUAUCACGGGAAGACCCCCCAUCACGUGGAAGACCCCCUAUCACGUGGAAGGCCCCCCAUCACGGGGAAGAACCCCUAUCACGUGGAAGUCCCCCUAUCACGGGGAAGGCCCCCAUCACGGGAAGGCCCCCAUCACGGGGAAGGCCCCUAUCACGGGAAGGCCCCCAUCACGGGAAGACCCCCAUCACGGGGAAGACCCCCAUCACGGGAAGGCCCCCCAUCCCGGGGAAGGCCCCCCCAUCACGGGGAAGACCCCCUAUCACGUGGAAGACCCCCUAUCACGGGGAAGGCCCCCUAUCACGGGGAAGACCCCCUAUCACGGGGAAGUCCCCCUAUCACGGGGAAGGCCCCCCAUCACGGGGAAGGCCCCCUAUCACGGGGAAGACCCCCUAUCACAGGGAAGGCCCCCUAUCACGGGGAAGACCCCCCAUCACGGGGAAGGCCCCCCAUCACGGGGAAGGCCAUUAA